AUGCAAGCGCCGAUUGAGGAUGCCAACGAUCUGGCAAAACAGACAAAAAUCAAGUACGGCACAAGGAGUGGCGGCUCCUCUGCUGCCUUCUUUGCGAAAUCAAAUCAAUCAGUGUAUCAACGCAUGUGGCAGUACAUGUCAAGCCAAAAGGGUGUGAUGAUCAACAACGCAACAGAGGCGAUAGCUCGAGUUAAACGAGGCGGCUACGCUUACAUUCUCGAGUCAACAAUGAACGAGUACUUCACUCAACGCAAUUGUGACUUAAUCCAAAUCGGAGAUAAUCUUGACUCCAAGGGCUAUGGGAUCGGAUUUCCACAAGGUUCAAAAUACCGGGAUGCCUUCACAGAAGUCAUUCUACAGCUUCAGGCCUCACAGCGCUUGGAGCAGAUUCGCCACCACUGGUGGCGGUACUACAACAUUACCACCCCAUGUAGCGAAAAGGUAACUAAGAACAAAGACACCAGUUCGCUCGGAGUAGAACAAAUUGGCGGAUGCUUCGUUAUGAUCCUCAUUGGCCUUGGGGCCUCUGUUCUCAUCAGCUUGCAGGAGUUCUUAUACAAGGUCUAUCACCGUGUCACCAUUACCAAGCGUCCUUUCAGUGAGGAAGUGGCUCGCGAAUUCCGUUUCUCCAUGGCUCGUUCAAGCACUCGAGAUUUUGGUGCCGAAUCGGCGCUGCGUUUACCACCCCCACCACUACCCUCGCAAUGUCUACUUCCGUCGAAGGAGUGUCGUAUGGCAGCUUUGGCCUACGCACCCUGUCUCCCUGCCGUAGUCCGAACUUCUCCACCUGCUUCAGCAACGGGUACUGCGGGGAGUGUGCAGCCAGGAAUGAGACGCAGUCGAUCAAGCGAUUCUCGACGCCCCUCGGCUCUGGAAGUAGCGCGAAUGCAUCGACGAGCAUCAUGUCGGAGGUCAAGUUCACGCUAUGCACUGAAGAAUAGCCCGCAACCAUCGCAAGCCACCAGUAGUGAAGGUCCAAUCAAUUCCGCCAAUGCGAAUCCUGCCUUUAUUUCCGACUCGACCCGAAUCCUCCACCCGGUGAAUGGUGUUAGCGCUCCUGUUGAAAUUAACACGCAUCGUCUCAUGGCUGUAAGUGGACAGUCAAACGAUCUCCGUCGAUAUCCACCCCCACCACCACCAAUCCCUCAGAUCGGUUUUGUCGUCCGUGGCAAUGGUGAUACCUAUCCUCCACCUCUAGCUGGUCCAACUGGUAGAAGUUAUGGGGACAUCCGAGUAAAGAAAUUCACUUGUUGA